CGGGGCCGCGCAGCGCCGCCUAGAGCAGGGGAGGGGGCCCCGGCCAGGAGAUCAUGUUAGCAGUGCACUUUGACAAGCCCGGAGGACCAGAAAACCUCUACCUGAAGGAGGUGGCCAAGCCGAGCCCCGGAGAGGGUGAAGUCCUCCUGCAGGUGGCGGCCAGCGCCCUAAACCGAGCGGACUUACUCCAGAGACGAGGGGGGUAUGACCCGCCCCCAGGAGCCAGCAGCAUUUUGGGACUCGAGGCAUCUGGACAUGUGGCAGAGCUGGGGCCUGGCUGCCAGGGGCACUGGAAGAUCGGGGACUCAGCCAUGGCUCUGCUGCCGGGAGGAGGCCAGGCUCAGUAUGUCACUGUCCUUGAAGGGCUCCUCAUGCCCAUCCCAGAGGGACUGACCCUGACCCAGGCUGCAGCCAUCCCAGAAGCCUGGCUCACUGCUUUCCAGCUGUUACAUCUCUUGGGAAACAUUCAGGCUGGAGAAACUGUGCUAAUCCAUGCAGGAUCGAGUGGGGUGGGCACAGCUGCCAUCCAACUCACCCAGAUGGCUGGAGCUAUUCCUCUGGUCACAGCUGGCUCCCAGCAUAAGAUUCAAAUGGCAGAAAAGCUUGGAGCAGUUGCUGGAUUCAAUUACAAAGAAGAGGAUUUUUCUGAAGCAACAUUGAAAUUCACCAAAGGUGUUGGAGUUAACCUUAUCCUAGACUGCAUAGGUGGAUCCUACUGGGAGAAGAAUGUCAAUUGUCUGGCUUUUGAUGGUCGUUGGGUUCUCUAUGGUCUGAUGGGAGGAGCUGACAUCAGUGGGCCUCUGUUUUCAAAGCUACUUUUUAAACGAGGAAGUCUUAUUACCAGUCUGCUGAGAUCUAGAGACAAAAAGUACAAGCAAAUGCUGGUGAAGGCUUUCACGGAGCAAAUUCUGCCCCACUUCUCCACGGAGGGCCCCCAACGUCUACUGCCAGUGCUGGACAGAGUCUACCCAGUAACUAGAAUCCAAGAGGCCCAUGAGUACAUGGAGUCAAACAAGAACGUGGGCAAAGUCAUCCUGGAGCUGUCCCAGUGAAGGAGGAGGGGGCAGUACAGGACACAGCCACCUCUGGCCUUCUCAGAGCAAACUUGGAGAAAACUCCCAAUACUCAGGCAAGAGACCAGUGCUACUCCCAGGUCUGCCUUGUCAUUUGA